UAGAUGGUCCUGGUGCUGCGGAGGUAUUGGCCCGUAUUCUGUCGGUCUGGUGUAAAUCCGGAGUGACUCUCUUGACUUCAAAGGAUCCCUGUAUAAACAACGGUCCUGCCCCAGAGGUGGCUGCAUUUCAGUGCUGAGUGAGGGAUCCUUGUAUAAAGAGUUGUCACAGCCUACCCUGGGGUGGUGUCAUCUCUGUGCAUCCUAGAGGGGACGGGGGGGCCAGUGUUAGGCAGUGGCUUAUGAGUGAGACCCGGGUUCAAUUCCCAUCUCUGCUGUAGACUUCCUGUGUGGCUGUGGCCACAGGAAGUGGCCCUGAGUCUGCUCCCUGCCUGUUUCCCCAUCUGUGAAAGGGGGAUGGUAAAGCUGCCCUGCCUCACAGGAAGGAUAAGUCCGUUAAAGAGAGUGAGGCUGGUUGAGAUCUGGUAAUGACAAGCGGUAGAGAAGAAAUAGAAGCGCCGGUGUGACUGGGAGCGGAUUUAGCCGAGAUCAGAAUCCGAGUUUCCUUCCCCUUGUGGCACUCGACCCGCUGGCAGCAGUGCGGACAGGCUGCAGGAUCAGGGCCCGAGUCAGAGGUUACACGCUGGCAGGCAAGACCAUGGCCCUGUGUCACUUUAGGAGGACAGCUCUGUAUUUCUAUCCCCGUUCCACAGAUGGGGAAAUUGAGGCACGCAGAGAGCGGGAGGAGUGACUGGCCCCAGGCCAAAGAGAGAUUCAGUGGCACGCUUAAGAUGAGAACCCAGAAGUCUCAGCUCCCACUCUCCCCUGCUGUAACCACUAAACCCCACUCUCCUCCCAGAGCUGGGGCAAGCGCCAGCUGCCCUGCCUCUCCUCCGCCCAGGAUGCCAAUGCUGGAGCAGGCCGGGCGAGCUCCUGUCAGAGGCAGCAGGUCCAGGCGAGCGGCCGGGUUACGAAACCCCUUUGACUCCAAGACCGGAACAGACGCAAACCAAACAGCCUCCCGGCUCGGCCCGCAGGGAGGGGCCGGGGGUUGUGGCGUCCCUUCCCAGCCACGCAGGGACAGAGCGGGCGUCAAAAUGGCUCCAGUGCCCCUGGCUGAGCUGUGGAGGGAGGGAGCAGAGGGAUCUGGCGCCUAAAUGCAUCCUGGGACACGGGUUUCUGAGCAAGCCGCCUCUGCUGAUGGGUUAGUUACAGCUGCCGGGCUAUAAAGGAUGCCUCACUUGUCUGCUGAAGAAGAUGUCGAUCCUUCGGGGGCUGGGGACAAUGAUAGCAGCCUCCAGCGUCCGCUGCCGAAUGGCGAGUGCCAGGCCCCGGCGGGAGACCAGCCCUCGCCCCCCCUGACGAUCCUGGACAGGCUCCUGCUGACCCAGGGGCUCUGGCAGCUGCUCAGCCUGGGCCCGGAGCAAGCCACGGAGCUGCUGAGGAUGCAGCCGCCUGGGACGUUCCUGGUGACCGGCGCGGGGAGCGGGGAGCUCAAGGUGCUGUCGGUGCAGAGCAGCGGAGAGGGGUGCCACGCCGCAGCCGUCUGCCGUUUCCCCAUCAAGGAGGGCGGCUCGGCUGUUUCCCUGGAAGGGUCCCAACUGCGUUUCCUGGGGCUCCUGGAACUGGUCGCCUUCCUCUCCGUGAGCAGGGAUGUGCUGCCCCUCCCGCUGCGGCUCCCGGCCGCCUUGCAACACCUCAGCAGGGCCGAGCUGAACAGCUGUGCGGCCCUGGGCAUGAGGUUCUGGAGUCCUCCCUUUAAGCCGUCGGCCACAGGCGAGGAGGAGGAAGAGAACAUGGGGUCCAGCCCGAUCCCCAACCCCCCGGAGAUGAGCGGCCCGGCCUGCUGCAUCCGGGUGACGUCGGAGGACGGGGCGCUCUGCAUCAUCAACCCUCUCUUCCUGUCGGAGCACAGCAGCGAGGGCUGGCUCCCCGCUGGGGUGCCGCCCCCAUUCCACCUGCCUGAGAGAGGGGGCACCAUCCGGCUGAAAAACGGGCAGGGCCCCGGCCUGUUGGACAAGCUGCCGGCGCCCGCCGAUGCCGAGAUGGGCCAGUUGGGAGCCCCGGAGCCCGGGAAGGAGGGGGAGCCGGGCAAAGCAGGCGAUGCCCCACCGGCCUCGGUGAAACGGAAACUGCUACUACGCCGUCCGGCCUGGAAUAUGUCGGAAGACCAGGUGUCCCCACCGCCGACCGAGAGGCAGGAGGGCCCGGCCUCCCCGCACCGGGUCUCUUGGAUCGAGGGGGCCUUGGACGCCCCCUGGGCGCUGAAGAAGUCCCACUCGGAGUCCUCGCUGCUGGGCCCCCGGGACAGCCUGCUCCUGCCGCCCAUCCCCGAGCUGGACUCGCUGUCGGUCAGCAGCGUGGAAGAGGAGCCCGACGCCCACCCGGCCACACCCCGCAAGAAACACCAGCCAGCCGCGCUGCCGGGCCGGGUCCUGCACCGGCUGUCGGCCGUGGGCAGUGCCCUGACCAGCUUCCUCUCGGCCGAGCGCCGGCUGGCCAAGCGGGUCCAGGAGCUGACGCAGGAGCCGGCCUCCUACGUCGGGGGCCUGGUGCAGAACUUCGUGGGGCACGUGCUGCGGGGCGGGGCAGCCCGGCACCCCACCAGCACCGACCUCCUGCAGGAGAUCCGCCAGAUGAUCAGCAGCCUCAAGGGCUACCUGUGCGAGAGCUCGGAGCUGCAGGAUGCCUGGGAGUACGGGGACCUCGAGGACGUGGACCUGGGCUCCGUGGUGGAGACGGCCCUGUACAAGUGCGUCCUGAAGCCGCUGCGGGACUGCAUCUACGGCCAGCUCCUGGAGUUUCACAGCCGGGACGGGAGUCUGCAGACGCUGCGUGACCACCAGCUGACCAUGGGCCGCCAGAGCCUGGCGGAGCUGGGGGUGACGGCCAACGUCCCCGACGCCCCGGCCCUCGAGCGCAUCCAGGCCAAGCUGGUCCAGAUGCACCAGGCCUACUCGCCCAAGAAGAAGGAGGCCCAGCUGCUCAAGGCCUGCAAGCUGAUCUACGAGGCCAUGAACCACGGCACGGGUGGCAAGGAGGUCUACGGGGCGGACGACUUCCUGCCUGUCCUGACCUACGUCCUGGUGAAGUGCGACAUCGUCUCGGUGCAGCUGGACGUCGAGUACAUGAUGGAGCUGCUGGACCCCAGCCAGCUGCAGGGAGAAGGCGGCUACUACCUCACCACCUGGUUCGGGGCUCUUUACCACAUCAGCAACUUCCAGUCGGCCAUGGUGACCCGGCAAAUCAGCGUAGAAGCGCAGGACUCCAUCCAUCAGUGGCAGCGUCGACGUACCAUCCACCACAACCAACACAGCCGGUGCCGCUCCCCGGACAUCCUCUACGUCUCCUUCCAAGAGCCCUUCGCGAACCAGAAGGCCAUCCCCGUCCCCGCCCACAUGACAGCGGCCUCAGUGUGUGUGGUCUGCGGCAAGAAAUAUGGCGUCCCCAACCCGGAGGCCUAUGGUCUUUUCCUGGUGACGGACAGCACCUCCCGGCUCCUGGCGGAGGACAGCCAGCCCCAGCAGAUCCGCUCAGCAUCCCUCAAAUCCCACAGCGCCUCCAGCUGCUUUGUUUACAAGCUGAAAAGAGAGGAGCAGGAAGCCCCGUCUGAGGGCGAUGGCCCGGCUCCUGCUCAGGAACCAAUAUAAGGCCGGGGGAGAGACGGUGCAAGCAGAGGCUGGCCGGAUGGGAGCGUCCAGUCUGUGCAGCCAAAGCCCAGUGACCUCAGGACUGAUGCCGGACUCUCCCCAGAGCCUCCCAGGUCCUAAUAUCUCGGGCCACCUGGGGAAAAAACAAACCCAAACUUCCCAAGGGUCGGAGCAAAUGGGCGCUGGAGCGGCCAGCAGAAAGCGUGGAAGCCCCGUUGACUUAUAACUAGGAACGGCCAAAGCCCAGAGGAGCUGACUGGAGGGGACAAUCCUGCUGGGGCGGACGGGGCGUCCCUCAUCUCUGCAGGGCACAGCUUGGGGGAGUAGGUGUCCCAAGCUGGGACGGCCUUUCCCUGUCUUGGAAUGCUGCCAGCCUUGGGGCCGUGUUGGUCGUUUAGGCUCCCAGCUGCAGCCCAGGGCCGGGACGUGGAUGGCUCGGGAUGCUGCGGUCCGGAGCACAGGAACCGUUCUGCUCUAGCCAGCUGCCUGAGCAGGGGCGGGGUGGUCCCGUGCUGUACGGGUUUGGGAGGUUGCAGCCCAGUGGGAAAGGGGCAGGGGAAAACCAAGUCCAAUUUCCUCUCCGUGGCAGGACUGGCAUAUAUUGCCCAAGGGGCACAGCGGUGGGGGAGCAUCACCCCUGCAUCAGCUUCUGUCCCAAGGGCUGCACCAGACCUCCCCACACCCCAAAUCCAGAUGAUUGUAACUAACCAGCCCUUUGGUUCCCCCCACAAUUCGAGGCUGUUCAAAUGUGCUGUGAGCUUUACCACUUCUCUCUAGGGCCAGGAACCCAACUCAUGGGAAUCCCUGCUUAAAGGGGAAGUGACCUUAAACUCCUCAACCUUCUGCCUACGUCAGGGACUAUAUAUUUAUAUAACCUUCCCCCCUGUAAAGGGAGGACUUUUGCCCGCUUGGUUACUCUUUCUUUAAAUAAAAAGAGAGAACCUCUGAAAACGCAAGGCCUGGCAGACCGUGGGCGGGAGGUUUUUGUGGUUGCUGUUCGGUGUAUUGCAGUACAUAGGCAGGGUGAGGGACAGCCCCGGCCCCCAAGAGCUUAGGCCCAGCCCCUGGCAAUGCAAA